UUUGUUUUUCGAAUAUUUGUUUACAAAUUAAUUUGCAGAAUAACAAGUUUUUUAAUAAUUUUACCAAUCUAAAUAUUUGUAACACCCUUCGUACAUACAGAUGCAAUAUCAAAAUGUGUGAUACGGAUUUGAAAUCAGCCUUAAAAUUCAUUAGCAGAGUUUGCACUAAUGUUUGCAGGUUGUGCCUACAUUCCACUGAUCCUGACGCUGACGGCGUAAAUAUUCAUAAGUUUGUUCAUGUAGAGACUCCUUAUUAUAAAAAUGAAAUGACGUACCAGUCUAUUUUUCAAGAACUUCAGGUGUUAUCAGAAUCGGCUUUACCUGAUGUAUUAUGUGUCAACUGUGCCACCCUUACGGUCAACACCUUCUUAUUCAAAAAGCUUUGUGAAUAUUCUCAGCAACAGUGGCAGACAUCUUUCAACACUCUGAACAAGAUUGUUGCUCAGUCAGAAACACUCAACACUAGAGCGGCAUGUGUCUUUUUUAAUGUUUGCGACGAUGAGAUGUUGACAUCCUACUGUCCAAUAUCGAAGAAAACUAAGAAGAAUGUCAUAGCCAAACUCCAGAAGAACAUGAAAAUUCGAUUAAAAAGGAAAGACGAGAAGAGGUGGAUCCAGAAGAAAAUUCCCUGCCCGAUCUGCCCUAAAACAUUCUCAAAGCUUUAUGAGUUAGAAUCACAUAAAGAAGCCGUACACUAUCCAAAAACAAUACAAUGCGAUUUAUGUGACAAAGUAUUUAGUACUGACAGACUUUUACAUAAACAUAAAAAAUUAAAUCACAUCAAAUUAAUUUGUAAUGUGUGCAGCCAGGAAUUCUCAUCGAGACAUUGCCUAAGAUCACACAUGGAAAAGCACUGUAAAAAUUCUCUAAAAUCCAGUAUCGAUAAACAAGAUAAAAAUACACUAAAGUAUUCCUCACAAUUAAAAUUAAAAGAACAAAAUACUUGUCCACGCUGUGAUAAAGAAUUUGUUAGUAGAAAUUCAUAUAAAUUUCACUUGAAAAAUUGUGGGCAGUUUAUUUGUGAUAUGUGCGGCAAACACUAUUCUGUGAAGGCCAGUUUCAAAGUCCAUUUAGCUUGCUCUCAUGGUUUUGGUAGUAAGGUUUUAUCUUGUAAAUGGUGCCACAAAACAUUUUUAAAUUCGUGUAGCCUAAAACGGCACGAAGUAAAACAUACAAAGGAACGAAACUUUUCAUGUGAAAUAUGCAAAGCCAAGUUUGUGACAGACAGGGCACUCAUAUGUCAUAGGAGGCUACACACAGGAGAGCGUCCGUACCCUUGUGACAUAUGCGGUGAGAGGUUUCUGAAUACCUCGAGAAGGAUGAUGCAUAAGCGCAGAGCUCAUCUUGGACCCGACAAAAAAUGUAAAAUUUGUUCAGCUAAAUUUUAUAUGAACCGUGACCUACAGAGACAUAAUAAGACCCAUGAAAGCCAACUUGCUAAGGAUUCUAAUGUUGCUGAAAUAAAUUCAAAAUCUGGGCUAGCAAGUGGAAAAAGCAAAGUAAUUGAAUGUUAGUAGUCAACAUAACUUUUUUAUGUAAACUAUCGGAAAUUAAUAUAGGUAACUCACAAGUUGCGGUACUGAAAUCGUUUAUGAUUGUUAUGUGUGAUAUUAAUUAAUACAAUAAACAGUUACAUUUUCA